UUUCUACUGCUGUUUAUGUUCUUUCUCUUGGAAUGUGAAGGACACACAAAGCCCGAAUGAUUCUCGAGGGUGUCCAUUAACGUUAGAAUCUAGUUCAGCCAUGGAUGUGUAGUUAUUUCGCGCUUUUUUUCCCCAUUAACUGUAACUUUUUCGGAUCCCAAACUGGCGACCUCACAUCUCCAACUGGCACGCGCAAAUGAUCUCAUAGACCAGAUCAAGCUCAAAGUGUUUCCUGCGUGGCGAGGGGCUGGUGAGGGUCAUGGUUGGGGCUGGACUCAGUGUGUGAGGUGGGAGGCUGGGGAAGGGGGCCCGUCCCGGGGCCUGGAGUGUCCGCUGUGGUGUGUCCUGUGUCGAGGAGGACGGGAGAGACUGAAGCAGGCCUGUCAGAGAGGGAGAGGAGCACUACGCCUGCCCGCAGACAUGCUGACCCUCAGACUUCCACAGCUCUUUGACAUCCACCAGGUGCCAAAGGUGUUUAGAGAGGACGGCAUCAUGUCCGGGUACCGCCAUCCCCGCAGCUCAGCCCUCGACUGCAUUCUCAGCAGUUUUCAAAUGACCAAUGAGACGGUCAAUAUCUGGACCCACUUCCUGCCGACCUGGUACUUCCUGUGGCGGUUCAGCAUGCUGUGCUUUACUCUGGACUUCCUGACGGAGAGCUACUCCUGGCCGAUGCUCGUCUACAUGCUUCUGAUCUGCCUGUACCCCUUCACCUCCAGCUGCGCUCACACCUUCAGCACCAUGUCCACCAAGGCUCGUCACGUCUGCUACUUCUUCGACUACGGAGCGCUCAGCCUGUACAGUCUCGGUUGUGCCAUCACAUACUCCUCUUACGUGAUGCCCGACUCCUGGGUCAACAGUUGGCUUCACCAGCAUUUUGUGACCAUUGCAGUCUGCAACUCGCUCUUUUGUACCAGCAUGUCCUGCUACUCCAGGUUUGUCGAGUUGCAGUACCCACACAUCAGUAAAAUCUUGAGAACGGCCGCAUUCGUUGUCCCCUUCCUCUUUGAUAGCGUCCCACUGUUUUACCGACUGCUGUCGUGCUGUUGGGGGAGCUGUAGUCCCAGUGAAGCUCUGGCCUGCCACUCUUACCAUCUGUUCUUUGCGUUUCUCACAUGCUUCCUGUUUGCAUCUCACCUGCCCGAGAGACUGGCCCCUGGACGCUUCGACUACAUCGGUCACAGUCACCAGCUCUUUCACAUAUGUGCGGUCGUGGGCACCCAUUUCCAGAUGGAGGCAGUGUUGACGGACAUGUCGUCUCGCAAAGAGUGGCUGAUGUCCCACUCCGCUUCACCUUCCUUCCUAGGUACUUUGGGGGCUCUCGCACUGGGUGUCCUGCUCAACCUGGGCAUCAUCGGCAUCUUUAGCGUGGGUUUACCGCGAACACCUCACCAAAGCACUUCGGCCUCUUGUGGUGCCCACCCUCAUCAGGAGUAACAAGCUUUCUUGACCACUCCACACCUCACUGUGCACCUUUCUGGACGAUGUCACUCUAGAUUUCACUAGCGCACUUUCACUGAUAUAAAAGCCUCUAGCGUUGAUACUUUUGUACUAAAAAGCUAAGCGUUUAUUCGAUUCGAGAUCAUAUAUUCUAGUUUCCCUUUAUACUUACAGCCGAAAACCCUAAUGAUAAUCGCGACCUUUCAUGGAGUUAUUUAACCGUUGUGCCUUUGAUUUUUAUUCUUGAAAGGUUGAGGGUUGAAUGACGCUAAAGUGGAUAAUAUAGUUUAAGGGUUUUUAUAAACAUUUGCAUCAUUACAUAAUAAUGUUAUCAUAGCUUUAACUGGAAAAUGAUAGUAGCAUUAAUCAGGGAUUUUAUAUUUGCAUUAAUAACAUCAUUAAUCCAAUUGUAUGAUGUGUGUGCAUAUCAAAAUAUACAAUGGUGAAAACUGGCGUGUCCCCUUUAAAUACUUGUGUUUGUAAUAUCCCUUAUUAUCAAUGGCUAAUUAUUUGGAUUUACUGGAACGCCUUUGAAUGAUCACAGGUACAGUAACAUUAAUCAUGUUUGGGCUAUAUGUCUAAAAACACACUUUCAUAUCUUGAAUGAUAAUGUGUAUUGUGCAUCACUCUCCUACUAAACUGCAUCUCAUGAGAAUACGGGGCUGCACUGGAGUCCGUCACUGUAGUUUCGAUGUCGCUUUACUUUAGUUAUGUGUCCGUAUCUGCAUCAGGUCACAUUUCUGUGGUAUUGUUUUGUUCAUUGCAGGUUUAUGGCAUACAAUACAGUGUGUUUUAUAUUGAAGCACGAGGCUUUUGGUUUUAUAUUUAAUUGCAUUUUGUCAGUGCACUUGUCGAUUUUUAAUUUUUUUUUUAUUCCGGUGCAAUGUAGUGCGUAUCUCUAUAUAGUUUCUUUGCUCAUGUUUUGUUCUUAAACCAGAAAUCAAAGCUAAUCAUUGUGUUUGCCCAAGCUGUUAACCUUCAUCUCUCAUUUUGUCCUUCGGUCACUUGUUUUGUCUGACUGAACAGUGCAGGACAGGUACGAACUGCAGGCUUGUUGUAAUUUAGUGCAAUUAAUGCUGCAUAAAGGCACCUUUUCUAACAGCUCUUAAGGUCAGUCACAUGGUGGUAAUGAUAUUUAAUGGUAGUUUAUGAAAGGGAUCUUGGUUUAAAAAGGAAAAGUAGGUGUUUCAGUGGUUAGUGGCGGAAAGGUUCUGCAUUUCUCCAAAUGCCUAUUUGUUGUUGGACAGCAGAAAUUCUCGCUCACUGUGUGUUUUUUCAUCAGCUCCAGCCCUGACGGAGUCUGUUCUUCUGCUAUAAGAGGUUUAGAUGUGACUGGUGACAGUAGUAUUUUGUGCACUAGAGUUAAAUGAAGCGUAAAAGGUUUUGGCAUCCCAAUCCCUGAUGUGUGUUUGAUGGCCUAAAUGAAUGUAUUGCAGUUUUGGAAACUGUGUCUUUAAAGACCCUUUUAAUGUUACAAUGUAGCAUUUAAAAUUGCCAAGGAAAUUCAAAUUAGAAAUAGUAAUUUAAUUUUUUUAUGUUCCAGAUAUGUUGUAUUUUUUUUUUUUUUUUACUAUAAUGCUUCCCUUUAAAUCUGAGAAUUAAAAUAUGCGACCAUUAUUGCAAUGCCUUUUAUUUUCCAUUGUAAUUUUUGAAAUAUUUUUGUAACAAAUGUGAAAAAUAUGCUUAGAAUUAAACUGACCCAUUGUUUCACUACA